AAACCCUAAACCUCCGCACUGGAGCCCUCCACUCUUCCCUUCCGGCCUCAAUCCCCCUACAUCUACGACAGACCUCUCAGCUGGCUUCGUGCUGGGCUUCUUCCUUCCUCUCCCUCCAUUGCGAUUAACAAGAAACCGCGCAUUUGAAGAAGUCCAGGUUUUUAGAGUGCUUAAAAAUAUUACAAUCACAUCAAGGAGACUUUUUCUCUUUGAAGGAAGUUAGCAGAGGUUAUUUCUAACAAACCCACCAAGGAUAGACAGCCUGUUAACCUACAACCUCUAUCUUUUGUAUCUUUGUGCUGUUUUUGUAACUUACAACAUCAGUCCGUCAUCAUCACUAAUUCAAUCACCCCCGGCCAGCUGGGGGUGUUAUUCCUAGUCAAUUCCAUUCAUGAAAAUUGGGGAUUCUUCUUACACCAAAUAAAUUCCAGUACCAGAACUCAGAUUACCACUGGUCUUUACCUUUGAGAUCUCUCUAAGACCCUUCAUGUAUGUUCAGUUUGGUGCCCACCUACACAAAGGUAGGCAUGCUUGCAAAAGGUUCCCCUCACUUCGAAUCUGUUACCAGUUCUUCUCGACAGCUACAAAUACUUUGCCUUUUGUAUCAGAUGGCGUUAGAAAUGAGAACAGAACAGUUGAUAUUGGUCUUCUAUUUCAGUCCUGCACUAAACUUCACCAUGUGAAGUGUCUCCAUGCUCUUCUUGUGGUGUCUGGAAAAGCUCGAGAUAUCUUUUUUACUGCCAAGCUUGUCAAUCAGUAUGCCUACUUUAAUGAUGUUUCAUUCUCACGCCGCACUUUUGAUUCGAUGCUUAGAAAAGAUGUCUACACCUGGAAUUCGAUGGUGUCUGCAUAUGUUCGCAAUGGACGUUUCCGAGAAGCUGAAGAUUGUUUCUCUCAGUUUUUGUUGACCUCUGGUCUUCGACCUGAUUUCUACACUUUUCCUCCUGUCUUGAAAGCAUGUGGAAAUCUAAAUCUUGGGAAGAAAAUACACUGUUGGCUUAUAAAGCUGGGUUUGGAAUGGGAUGUCUUUGUUGCUGCUUCCUUGAUCCAUAUGUAUUCACGGUUUGGAUUUAUUAAAGUUGCUCGUAAAUUGUUUAGUGAGAUGCCAUUUCGAGAUAUGGGUUGUUGGAAUGCAAUGAUAUCUGGAUUGUCUCAGAAUGGGGAUGCAGCAGAUGCAUUAGAUGUCCUGAUUGAGAUGAGAUCGGACGGUGUCAAGAUGGAUCCUAUAACUGUUGCUAGUCUACUCACUGCUUGUGCACAAUCAGAUGAUUCCUUGAGUGGGAUUCUUAUUCAUUUGUAUGUAAUAAAGCAUGGACUAGAGGUUGACCUGUUUGUAUGCAAUGCCUUGAUUAACAUGUAUGCUAAAUUUGGUCGAUUGGGACAUGCACAGACGGUUUUUUCUGAAAUGCAGGUAAGAGAUUUGGUGUCCUGGAACUCGAUAAUUGCUGCACAUGAGCAGAAUGACGAGCCAAUGGCUGCGCUUGGAUUCUUCAACAGGAUGCAACUGUCCGGUGUUAAGCCUGAUUCGUUAACACUAGUGAGUUUGGCUUCAAUUACAGCUCAAUUAAGUGAUGCUGAAAUGGGUAGGUCCAUUCAUGGAUUCAUUUUGAGGAGAGAUGGGUUCAAGAAAGAUGUUAUUAUUGGAAAUGCAGUUGUGGACAUGUAUGCAAAGUUGGGUGCUAUUGAUUCUGCACGUACAGUUUUUGAAGGACUUCCUGUCAAGGAUGUGGUUUCAUGGAAUGCUUUAAUCACAGGUUACACUCAAAAUGGCCUUGCAAGUGAGGCAAAUGAAGUGUACACUAUGAUGCAAGAGUGCACAGAAAUAAUUCCAAACCAAGGAACCUGGGUUAGCAUUCUACCAGCAUAUAGUCAUUUAGGGGCCUUGCGACAAGGGAUGACAAUUCAUGGGCGGGUGAUCAAGAAUCGUGAUUACCUAGAUGUAUUUGUGGGUACAUGCCUGAUUGACAUGUAUGGAAAAUGUGGGAGGUUAGAUGAUGCAUUGUCGUUAUUCUACCAAGCGCCCAGAUGUUCAGUCGCUUGGAAUGCCAUGAUUUCCUGUCUUGGAGUUCAUGGGCAUGGUGGGAAAGCUGUGAAGCUAUUCAAAGAUAUGAUAGAUGAGGGGGUUAGGCCAGAUGAGGUAACAUUUGUAUCUCUACUGGCAGCUUGUAGCCAUUCAGGUUUGGUCAAUGAGGGUGAAUUGUACUUCCAUAUGAUGCAGAAAGAGUAUGGAAUCAAACCUGGUUUGAAGCACUACGGUUGCAUGGUAGAUUUGCUUGGAAGAGCCGGGCAUUUAGACAAGGCAUAUAGUUUUAUUAAGUCAAUGUCUGUACAGCCUGAUGCUUCUGUCUGGGGGGCACUACUUGGUGCUUGUAGAAUUCAUGGGAAUGCUGAAUUGGGGAAAAUUGCUUCAGAAGGUUUGUUUGAAGUUGAUUCAGAGAAUGUGGGCUACUAUGUUUUGUUAUCAAAUUUAUACGCAACAUCCGGGAAAUGGGAAGGUGUGGAUAAAGUGAGAUCUAUGGCUAGAGACCGAGGACUGAGGAAAACUCCCGGGUGGAGCUCAAUAGAAGUUAACAAUAAAGUUGAUGUCUUUUACACUGGAAACCAAACGCACCCACUAUGCGAACAGAUAUACCAAAAGUUGAGGGAAUUAACUGAGAAAAUGAAGAGCCUUGGUUAUGUUCCUGACUUCAGCUUUGUGUUGCAGGAUGUUGAGGAUGACGAGAAGGAGCAUAUCCUCACAAGUCAUAGCGAGAGAUUGGCAAUUGCUUUUGGACUCAUUAGCACUCCUCCUAAAACCCCCAUUCAAAUCUUCAAAAACCUGAGGGUUUGCGGUGAUUGCCACAAUGUGACGAAACUCUUAUCAGUAAUUACAGAGCGGGAGAUCAUUGUGAGGGAUUCAAAACGCUUCCACCAUUUCAAAGAUGGAACUUGCUCUUGUGGGGAUUAUUGGUGAAAAAUUGGAAUCAGUAGAAACAGUUGUGGUGUUGUCAAAUGUGAGAGGCGCAGAUCAGAAGAAAAAAAAAUAUACAAGAGGCUCCAACUGCAACCAACUGAUAGCUUGAAUGUGAAGGGAAGCCAGCGACUAACAAUAUUAGCUGUUGAUGAUUUGGCUUCCACUUCAAUUGUGACUCAUUCAGAAUUUUCCAGCUAGUUUCCAGUCACCUUGCUUCACUUUGAGAUCAUGAGAAAAGGAAAAGAUAACCAAUUAUCCAAGUAGUUUUUGUGUUACAGAUGUUUAUUUGCUUAAAAUAGUCCUGCUCUGAGGUGGCAAUCCCACCAAACCUUGUAUCUACAACAAAGCCCCCACGUUAACUUCCCCUGAUAUAACUAGGAAAAUCAACGCACUGAUAUUGACGGAAAGUUCAUGACAGAUCCUCAUGCACCGCCGCCUCUACCUCUCUGUAAGCAGAACUCAUGGUCGCCGGACAUACUCCGUGAGGAGGCAUGGCAGCGUCAGAAGUGCAAUUGGGGCACGCGGAGUGUCAACCGCAGCAGAAGCCUUUCGCAUGAUGACUUGGAGGAACUGAAAGCCUGCAUUGAGCUGGGAUUCGGAUUUGAUUCCCAGGAAAUCGACGCUAAACUCCGCCGCGCCUUACCUGCAUUGGAGUCUUACCAUACUUUACGUAAGCAGCAAUUCAGUAACAACUUAACAGAAAGGGAUGAUGCAGAGGUGGUGAAGAUGAGAUUAAAGCAGUGGGCACAAUUGGUUGCCUGUGCGGUUCGGGAAUCAUCUCCUUCCUGCAGAUAAUACAAUUCUGUAUUUGAUCUUAUGUUUACUAAUUUCGAAUUAAUUUUGAC